GACGUCUCGGGUCUGGGCUGUGUGUGGCGGCCGCGCGGCGUUCGCGCCCGAAGUGCCAGCGCGUCUCGUCCGGUCCCCAGGAGCGCCAUGGCGGAGCUGGUCCCCCUGGCCGAGGAGCUGUCGUGCUCCAUCUGCCUGGAGCACUUCAAGGUGCCGGUCACCACCCCGUGCGGCCACAACUUCUGCAGCUCGUGCCUGGACGAGACGUGGGCCGUCCAGGAGCCGCCGUACCUGUGCCCGCAGUGUCGCGCCGGCUAUCAGGAGCGGCCGCAGCUGCACAAGAACACGGUGCUGUGCGCGGUGGUGGAGCAGUUCCUGCAGGCCGAGGUGGCCCGGGCGGCGCCCUCGCCCCCCGACGGCUGCACGCCGCCCGCCCGCGCCGCCGAGCCCAGCCCGCCCUGCCAGGUGGCCUGCGACCACUGCCUGAAGGCGCCCGCCGUCAAGACGUGCCUGGUGUGCAUGGCCUCCUUCUGCCAGGAACACCUGCAGCCGCACCUCGACAGCCCCGCCUUUCGGGACCACCAGCUGCAGCCGCCAGUCAAGGACCUGAUGCGCCGCAAGUGUCCCCAGCACAACAGGCUGCGGGACUUCUAUUGCCCCCAGCAUGAUGAGUGCAUCUGUCACAUCUGCCUGGUGGAGCACAAGGCCUGCUCGCCUGAGACCCUGAGCCAGGCCAGCGCAGACCUGCAGACCAAGCUGAAGCAUAAACUGACCAUCAUAUGCGAUCAGAUCAAUGGUGCAUCGAGGGCGCUGGAGGACGUGAGAGCCAGGCAGCAGGACAUACGGGAGACUGCCCGCAGGAAGACGGAGCAGCUCAGACAAGAGUAUGUGGAAAUCAAGAUACUCAUUGAUGCCGCAGAGGCCAUCUGCACACGAAAGAUAAAGGAGGAGCAGAAGAGGGUCAAUACCAAGUUCGACAACAUUUACCAGAUCCUCUUCAAGAACAAGAGUGAGAUCCAGACUCUGAAGGAGGAGAUUGAACUUGCCCUGACCAAGGAGGACGAGUUCGAGUUUCUGGAGAAAGCGAUCAAACUUCAGGGAAUCUCGACAAAGCCGGUCUUCGUCCCCAAGAUGGAGCUGAAUCAGGAGCUGAUAAAGGGUGUCUGCCAGGGCACCUCAGACCUCAAAAACGAGCUGAAGCGGUAUAUCAGGCUGCCCCAGGACAAGAAGCCCGAGGGACCCACCGGCUUAGGGAACCCUGGAGAGCAUGGCCCAGCGUCCACGCACAAACCCGCACACUUUGUGAAGAAGGUCCUGAAAGAAGAAAAGAAACACAAGAAACCUCCCUCUGCCUCUGCCUCACCCGUCAAUAUGCCCACCUUUGGAGCCCCAGAACAGUUACUGGGUUUAAAGCAAGCAGGCCUGGAAGCUGUAGCCAAAGCCUCCGCUGUGCAGCCGAACCCGGUGUCCCUCACGACCAAGGUGCUGGACACCUUCUUAGCCAAGUCCAGGCCCGAGCUCCUAGAGUAUGCCACUAAGUUCAGCCUGGACUACAACACCGCCCACAACAAGGUGGCUCUGUUGGAGAACUACACUGUAGCUUCUGUGGCCGACUUGCCCCUGAACUACCAGCCACACCCCAAGAGGUUCACAUACUGCUCUCAGGUGCUGGGCCUGCACUACUACAGGAAGGGGAUCCACUACUGGGAGGUGGAGCUGCAGAAGAACAACUUCUGCGGGGUGGGCAUCUGCUACGGCAGCAUGCCGCGGCAGGGCCCCGACAGCCGGCUGGGCCGCAACAGCGCCUCCUGGUGCGUGGAGUGGUUCAAUACCAAGGUCUCUGCCUGGCACAACAAUGUGGAGAAAACGCUGCCCUCCACCAAGGCCACGCGGGUCGGCGUGCUUCUCAACUGUGACCAUGGCUUCGUCAUCUUCUUUGCCGUCACCGACAACGUCCACCUGAUGUAUAAGUUCAAGGUGGACUUUACCGAAGCUGUGUACCCGGCCUUCUGGGUGUUCUCUGCGGGUGCCACGCUCUCCAUCUGCUCCUGCAAGUAGGCCGGCCACGGACACUGACCUCUGGGUGCCCAAGACAGUGGUGGAAGGCCUGCAGGUGGAACUGUCCCAGAGCUUCCUGCGACUCUUCAGGGUUGAGAGUAUGGGAGGGGGGAGGGGAGGUGGAGGGAGGGGGAGGUGAUCGCGCUGUGGACCAGGAAGCACUUCUGCCUCCUGGUGCCCAUCAGGGCAGGGUGACCUCCUCCCUCUUGUUCCCGUAGGUCCCCAGCUGCUGGCAGCUGGAUGGGGUUUUGGGAGGUAAAGUCAUUAGCGUCCUUUCCUCUUGGAGGGAAUCUGUAGCCACCGUGGGCCCUUUCUCGGGGGGGGGGGGGGGGGGUUGGUGUAAGGUCCUGGCCAUCUGGGGCAGCCUUCGGAUCUUAAUGUUUUGAUUACUCUCGAUAGGGCUAUUCAGCUUAAUAUAUUGAUUUAAAAAAAAAAAUCCCAUGGCAUUGAAUUUCAGUAUUAUUCACCCCCUGUAUGUGGGAUUCAGGUGUAUGCUCAGACUCCUGGUUAUUUUCUGUCCUUAAGGGAAACUGCCCAUCGCAGGUCUCUACCCAGAUCAGAGUUUCUAAAAGAAAUGGGUUCUCUCCCUCCACUGGAGAAUGGCCCUGCUUCCCUUCCUUUCCUCGUACCUCAUACCCCGUCAACGGUUUUAAAAUAUUUAAUCCAGCAGGAAACUUUUCAGACUAAGGUUUCAAACCAUGAUCUGAAUGUGUUGAAUUUGCGAUUCAAGGUCAAGGUGACCCAGGUCCCAUGUUGGGAACCCUUUCCACUCCCACUCUUGGUGGACACUCUUUGGCUGCACCCACGAGAGCCUUGCGGGAGGCCUUCUUCCCAUAGCUUAGGCUUUGGAGCCAGGAACACCACUGGGCAAGGGUGACCCUGACCUGGGUUGACAUUGUGGUGGUUUUGCUCUUACUAGCGUCAUGGCUUCUUACAACUGUGCUCAGUGAGAGCCUCUCAUCCGAAGGGCUGUGAGGUACUUGACUGGCUGGUGUAGAUACCACUGUGGCCAGUACAGUCGACUGGACUGCUGAGCUUGAUAUCCUUGGUCCACGAUCAUACAGACGAGCCAUGUGGGGCUACCUCCGGGACCAUGCCAGUUCUCUUGUUGGGGUGACCACCUGUGGGCAAGGGAGUCUUCUAGCAGGUCCCGUGGGAAACGGCAACAUUCCUAUUCAUCCCUGGCCACAGGAUGCAGGCCCAGUGUGACCCUCUUGCGAGUCGCACGCCUGUCACUGGCACUGCAUUAACCCUUUCUCUUUUCCUCAUUUGAGCUAAUUCCAGAUGUGGGGACUGACCAGGCUAGGGGGCCCAGAGACUUUCAGGGCCAGUGAGAGAACAAGCUACGGGACUGAAGCACAAGGGGUAUCUUUUCCUGCAGUGUUUUCUGUGCAGUGAAAAUAACCCCAGUCUGCUAAGGGGCAGGAGGGAAUGGAUUGCCAGAAUUCCCAAGCUCCUUCUAUCCUGAUGUUGUCAGGAUGUAAAGUCCCAGUCCAAAAGUGGGAGAAAUUUAACCUCAUUUUGGUGAAACGAAUCCUGGGAUUUCCUAAGAGGGGAGCUCAGGUCAGGCUCUUUGUAGUAUAAAAAAGAAGUCAAGCACUGGGGACGUGGGGACCCCGGACCUUUUCUGUGAAUGUUUGAGAGUUUAACGUGGCUCUUGCCUUGUGCUGGAGUCCCGGGGCUCUCGAACCAGGCCCAGAGCUCUGCGAACCCUUGACAGGUGUGUUGAUCUGCAUCCCUUCCCGGUAAGGACCUUCACUUCCUUGGGAGAGAGAUCAUCUUUUUUGGGGAGACAUCCCUGCAAUGGCUGAGAUGCAGUUUUUAAGUUUCCUUCCUUUGAUUCUGGGAAGGAGAGUUCUUCGGUGAUUCUUCUCUGCUUUUGGCAGAGGUCAAAAAGAUCUUCGUCGAUCUUCUGAAACAAAAGCCUUGUCUGAAGCCAGUUCCUACUUGGGAAACAGCUAGGCUUAGAAGAGGAGAAUGCUGAGGGUUAAUCCUCGGGGUCCUGCUGUGGCUCUCCCUGCAGACCCGAGGGGCAACGGAGGGAGCUCUUCCCUGGUGACCAUACAGGUCAUGAUGGGGAAGCGCUGUUCUCUGUUUCUAAGAGGCGAGGAGGUAGCCCAAGGUGGACUCUGCCAGGUGCUCUGGAGAUGUGGAUUGAGGUGUGUGCAUCCUCGCUGUCUAGAGCCAUUCUGUUUGCAGUGGGGAGACCUCACACUCCUCUCGCCUUGCAGGGCUGCUGCCCUGCCUAGAGUCCUCAGAUUUGGGGCAACAUUGUAUUCAUCUGACUUCUCGUUUGCAAAAUAAGUCAGAUGAGGUACCGGAUGACUCCACUCACGACUCUGGCCAUCCCAUCAUGGAGGAGAUUCCUCCUAGAUGGCCCCCUGCUACCCUGGGGAAGAGUCAGAAAACCCAGAAACAGACAUAAAAAUACUAUCCCGGACUCCAGGUAUCAGGGACUGACUCAGUCACUCUGGCAUGAUCAGAGCAGGGCCAAGUUUUUGUAUUAUUCAAGACUGGCCGGUUCCCCUGUUUUAAUUACUCAGAAAUGGAUCUGCAAUCUAUAACUAAUACUGGUAUGUUAUCUCCUUUAUUCCGCCUCUCCCCACUAUUGAUUUUAGUUAAUUAGUAGGAGUAUUUGUGCUAUUAUUUCACGAGCUAAUUUUUUUAAAGAGUUGAUUCUUCAGGACAUCAUUGGGGCUGUAGACACAGAUCUUUUGAAACCCAUGAGAAAUACUAGGGCCAAGGCUGGUCGACAUGCCUUAGAAGCUGUGAAUGUAAAAAGCGGUGUCUGGUAGUCUUUCUUGCUUGCAAGUCUGUGUAGACCGUGCAUACGGUGUCUAUACACACUGAAAAGUAAAGCACUUUUCUGAGCUCUGUGAGUUCUUGUGAAUUAUUGAACCCGAGGGAGGUCAUGUGCUAUGGACUAGAUGUUCAUGUUGCCUCAAAACUCACAUGUUGAGCCGUAACCUCCAGUGUGAUGGUAUGGGGUGGGGAGGUUAGGUCAUGAAAGCGGACCUCCCAUGAAUGGGAUCAGUACCUGUAUAAAAGAGACCACCCCAUAUUGCACCCUUGCCCCUUCUGCCAUGUGGGCACACAGCAAGAAGACGGCUGUCUGUGAACCAGGAAGUGGUUCCUCCCCAGAAAUUGAACCUAUCAGCACUGGCUCUUGGCUGGAUCUUCCAGCCUUCAGAACUGUUGAGACAUAAAUAUGUGUUGAUUUAAGCCACCCAGUUUCUGGUGUUUUUGUUACAGCAGCCCAGUCUAAGAUGCCCCGGGAGUGCAAAACGGAAUAAAGGAAACCGUGUUUAAAAUGGAGUUAGGAGGCCCGAACGGGGAGCCCUCAGGCUGUACAACUCCUUGCAGCCUUUUGCAGACCCGAUGGGAAGAGCGGACCCUGCGUUGCCCACAGGAAGAAGCCUAUGCUACCCAGCAGGAGGAAGGGAGAUUUUUCUCCAUCCCUGGCAACAGCCCAGCCAAUGAGACCGUCCCGAGUCAGCCAAUGAAAGGGCCCUACACUUGGAACUCCCAGUUCACACCAAUGGACCUUUUGCUUGUAACAGCUCCUUCCAACUCCCCCACUUUCCUCUCUAAAAGAAUAUUCUCUUUUGUUCUCAGGCCAUGCCUGUAGUUCGUUUUGUGACUUGCAUGUCCCGAAUUGCAAUUCUCUGUUAUUCCUGAGUAAAUCUAUUUUUUGCUGGUAAAUGACUUUUAAUUUUCAAGGUUAGCAUUACCUUCUGGAUUUGCCAGUCAGCCAGAGGUGUCGGUGGCCUGGGGACCCUGAAUUGUGGUUGCUGUCUGAAGCAAAGACAUCCUGUCCAGGCCAUGUCCUUCAGCCUGUAGAGCCCAGAUGCCAGUCUGUCAGUGGCAGAAUUGCCUCAGUGCACCAGGUGCUGUCAGCAUAGAGGUGGUGGGACUUGCAAGCUUGGAAUAAGCCCUUCCCGACCAGUCUCUCUGAAUGAAACACCCUGUCCUUGAAAGGAGCUUCCCACGUGUCUUCUCUCUGGUGUCCAGCCUCCAGGGUUUAAAGUCUGGUUUUGUUCUCUCACACCCCACCCCUCUUGCAGUGUUUUUCUUCCUGUCCCUGUACCCACAAUAUACUCAAUAUGUCCGUUACAGACUUGCCUGUCCCUUUAGAGAUGCCACUUCGGCUUCCACGGGACACGCUUCUGUUCCAGGACAGGACCUCCUGACUCCUUAGUAGUAGAGCAAAGCCGUGAGCACGUGUGUGUGUUUGAGGGCUGGUUCUGAGCUCUCUGUGGUUGCGGGAGUGCCGCAUUCACUGAUUGUGGGCUCUGUCCUGGGUCUUCCCUCUGUUUUCUCACCUCAUUCCAGGUGGUCUCGAAACACCCCUGCAUCUCGAAUGAUGGACGGACCCCAGCCUUUGCUGACCCUGUAGGGGCGGUCUCCCUGCGCUUUUCAAGAGUCUCAAUACAUAAACUGUAGGAAGGCUCUAGAAAAACAGGUCUGAGUGAGGGGAUGAGAAGAGACACUGAUAUAAUAAGGAAAGCAAGUUGAAAGGGGUAAUUUGAGUGAAAACGUCUCAUGACUGAUGAUUUCCCUAGCCUAUCUUUUGUGACAAGAUUUUCUGUGCUGACCAGGUGUUUCCUCUCAGAAGUCCAGACACUUGAGGUUUUUCAUGUUUUCCCAUGUGCUCCUGGAUUUUCUCGAUUGAAAACGUGUAGGUGGGGGCACAUCCCCUCCCAGCUGGAUUUUGAAAAGUUCCUGGUUGAAUGUCCACAGGGGGUCCUGCUGGGCAGCUUCCCUCGGGAGUUUGCUGAGGAAACACUGAUGCAUGGGGGCUAGGAUGAGGCGGCAUGCCGUGGUGCUUCUCGGAGGUUCAGCUCCCACGUUCGUAGUUUUGGGGGCAUUUAUUGUGCUUGGUGUUCUGUGAGCCUCCUGGGUCUGUGGUUUAGCAUCUGGCGUUAAUCCUCGGUCAUUAUUCUCUCAAAUAGUUUUGUUCCUUUUUCUCUUUCUUCUGGUAUUCCUAUUGUGUGUAUACCCUUGGAUGCUCUGUUCUAGGGUUUUUUUGUUUUUGUUUUUUUUUCAGUCUGUUCUCUGCUUUUCAGUUUCUUAAAAUUUUUUUAAUUUAAAUUGUUUUUAAUGUUUAUCUUUGAAGGAGAGAGAAACAGAGUGUGAGUGGGGGAGGGGCAGAGAGAGAGGGAGACACAGAAUUUGAAGCAGGCUCCAAGCUCCAAGCUAUCAGCACAGAGCCCAAUGCGGGGCUCAAACCCAUGAAUCACGAGAUCAUGACCUGAGCCGAAGUCGGACACCCAACCGACUGAGCCACCCAGGCGCCCCUCUGUUACUGGUUUUUAACUUCAUUCCAUUGUGGUCUGAGAAUGUACUUUGCAUUGUUUGAAUUGUUUGAAAUGUAUCAAGUUUUGAUUUAUGAUUCAGAAUAUGAUCUAGCUUGGAAAAUGUUCAUGUGCACUUGAAAAGAUUGUGUAUGUUGUUGUUGUUGAGUGGAGUUAUAAACUGACCAGUUGGUCAAGCUGGUUGACAGUA